AUGGCCGUCAACGCGAACACAUCCCAAUUUCUGGAGCUGGACGUCGACCGGCGGGCAGUGUCGCCGACGCCUGGCACGUCGUUGCCCGAGGACGAUGGCAUGCGCGCACUGAGGUCGAAGAUGCACGAGAUCCGCAACCUGGCUGCCUCGACAGAAGAGAAGGCAAGAGCAAUGCAUCUGCUCAUGACAAAGGACUAUAUCACCAUGAACAACCCCGAUCACGAUAUGCCCGACCUAUUCCACCAAGGUCCUCUCUGUCACCCUGUCCAAUCGAAUGACAACCCAUACAACAUCACGAGCCAAGACCUCGAGCCCAGCUACUGUGCUGACCAUAUCAAUGACGAAGGUACUGGUUUGGGAUGCGCACACUACAGCAGAAACGUCAAAGUGCAAUGCUUCGACUGCAACCGAUGGCACCCAUGCCGCCAUUGCCAUGACGCUUCACCAAAUCUACCCUUUCCUCACGGACUCAAUCGCAAAAUGACACGCAACAUGCUAUGCAUGCUCUGCAGUACUCCUCAACCUGCUGGUCCCACGUGCACCAACUGUGGCGUCGACUCUGCCUACUACUACUGUUCGAAAUGCAAGCUCUGGGACAAUGACAGCACAAAAAGCAUCUACCACUGCGAUGACUGUGGCAUUUGUCGUCGUGGUGAAGGUCUGGGCAAGGAUUAUGUCCACUGCAAACGAUGUAACGUCUGUAUCUCGAUAUCCACCAGCAGUACACAUCCCUGCGUCGAACGAGCGACAGACUGCGAUUGUCCAUUGUGUCUUGACUACCUCUUCUCUUCAUCGCUACCAGUAGUGAGUUUGGCUUGCGGCCACUAUAUGCAUGGACGCUGCUACAAGGAUCUCAUGCACGUCACAUAUCGCUGUCCGGUGUGCAACAAAUCUGCCGUCAACAUGGAGCUUCAAUGGCGAAAACUCGAUGAUGAGAUUCGUUUACAACCCAUGCCAGAAGACGAGUUCGAAGACUCUGCCGCUGCAAAGGCUAACCCUACUCAUCGACGAUUUGCUGGCGUAAACGCAUUACCAGCUGUAGUGACCGGCGACGAAGAAAGAGCAGAUAGCGCUUAUGGCUGUCCGUCCUCACCACCACAUAUCCCCGUCCCUCAACAACACUUGCCAGUUCAACAACCAGUCUUUGCACCGCACUCACCCACAGGAAGAAGUUACUUCCUUCAAGCCGAAUACGAAGAAAGCCUUCGCAACACUGAACGCGCGAUGAGUGCUGGCGAUGCGUUCCGCAAUCUGCCCUAUGACUUCCUCCAACGCUUGAACACCGAGCGCGCAUUGAGCGCUGGUGACGCUUUCCGCAACUUACCCUACGAUAUCCUGCAACAUACCGAGCAACAUUCUCGACGAUCACAGACCGCACAGUCGCACGAAAGUAGUUUCUGGGGCGAAGGCAAUGCGGGAGUGUUCUUUGGUGAUGUUUCAGAAUCUGAUGAUGAAGAGGAAGAAGAUAACGGAGAGGGAGACGAAGAUGACGAGGAAGAGAGUGAUGAUGAAGAUGAGGAUGAUGAAGACGAUGACGAUGACGAUGGUGUGGGCAGUCAGUCUGGGGAUCGAGAUGCUUUUCCAGUGGAGGAUGAGUAUGAUCUGAGGUUACCGGGGCAUAUUUGA